GGCAGACACGGCUCCUGGGAUCACAGAGCUCCAGGGUUCUCUGCAGGCGUCCUCUGAGGCUCAUGAGGGGCCGCGGCAUCGAUGACUGCGGUGGGGGAGAGCCAGGACCACGCUGAGCUGAAACUGGAGGCUGUGAUAGAGGAACUGUCUCUCCGGGUGCUAGGCUGCGAAGAAGAGAAGUGUCUGACUCUUCGUGGAGACCCCACAAACUCCCUCCCUGCCCGGCUGCCGGCUCGCAUCCGAGAGAUCGUUACCAGGAACCUCACGCCGCCGCCAGUCCCUGGCCCCUCCGCAGACAUGUCAUCUCUCCUGUCCCUGCAAGAGGAGAACCGCAUCUUGCAGCAAGAGCUGUCCCGGGUGGAAGAUCUGCUGGCGCAGAGUCGCGCAGAGAGGGAUGAGCUGGCCAUUAAGUACAACGCAAUUAGCGAGAGGUUGGACCAGCCCCUCCGCUGGUCGUGGGAGGAGCCUGGUAGACCUGCGCCCAAUGCUAUAGGUUGGAGCGAGCGGAACGAGCUUGAGCAGACCCUGCGCCUGGAGACUGGUGAGCGAGAAAGAGAUUCCCUGGAGACGCGGAGCCUGGCGCAGCAGAAUGUGGAGCUCAGGCGACGGCUGGAGGAAGAGCAGGCCGCCUACAAGCGCAAGCUGCAGGCCUACCAGGAGGGACAGCAGCGCCAAGCCCAACUCGUGCAGAAACUGCAAGCUAAGGUCCUGCAGUAUAAGAAGAGGUGCGGAGAGGUGGAGCAGCAGCUUCUGGAGCGCUCCACGGAGCUGGAACACGAACGCCUCAGUAGCCGCCUGGAGCUGACGGACUCGCGGCUGCGGCAGGAGGAAGAGAACAGCAAUGAGCUGGAGAACGCGCUGAUCCGCCUGGAGGAGGAACAGCAGAGAAGUGCCAGUCUGACCCAGGUCAAUGCCAUGCUCAGGGAGCAGCUGGACCAGGCCAACUCCGCCAACCAGGCCCUAAGCGAGGACCUGCGCAAGCUGACGGCUGAUUGGACCAAAGCUCGAGAUGAGCUGGAGCAGAGGGAGAGCGAGUGGAGGCGAGAGGAGGAGUCCUUCAACACGUACUUCAGCAACGAGCACAGCCGGCUGCUCUCUCUCUGGAGACGGGUGGUGGGAUUCCGGAGACAGUUCAGCGAGAUGAAGACCAUGACGGAGAGGGACCUCUCGCUGAUGCAGAAGGAUCUAUCCCACUCCUGCCGCUCCCUUCAUGCCUCCUGCAUGAGCGUCAGCGGUUCCCAGCGACUGGCAGAGAACAGCGGGGUGGUUGUACUGGAGAGGCAGGGUCUACAACUGGCCCAAAUGGAUGAGCAGCUAAAGGAUAAAGUGCGAGAAAUGAUCCGGUUACAGGCUGCGUACGAUGCUGAUAAAGCGGAACUCAGUGCUAGGUCAGCAGAACUGCAUAGGACUGUUAAGCGCCUGCAAUGUGAGAACAAGGAAAAAGACCAGCAGAUGAAGCAGCUGCAGAAGCAGGAGAAGAAUCUGAUGGAGGAACAGGUGGCUUUGGUCGGAGAGGAGUUGGAAGUACUGAAGUCCGAGAAAGAGGUCCUAGAGGAGACCCUCCGAGAACUCACACAGGCUGUGCUGAGUGACACAGACAGCGGUCUCCAGAUGUCCACCAGUGACCGGACCCUAGAGCUUAUAGAGAGUGAGGGUCCGGGACUCAGCGUCCGAGGUCUUUCCAGCAGCCUGCGCACUUCCUCUCCCAUUCGCCGCUCCUCUCCUCACCGAAGCAGCUCCCCGCGGCGUAGCCUGUCCCCAGCCUUCCGGGACUCCGCCCUCUCUGCCGUGCAUUCUGCCCUUCAGAGGAGACAUAUACAAGUGCAGGAACUGCGAGGGCGGCUGGAGGCCGGGCAGGAAACAGUCGGCACUCUGCGCAAGCAGCUCAACGACGGUGAGAAUGACCGCAGGGUCCUGGAGCAGAAGAUUGCGAAGCUACAGCAAGAUUUGGACACUUCCGCCAUCGCUAGAGAUGAUGCAGAACACAGUAUCUCCAGACUGCGCAGCAGCCUAGAACACCUCAACAGUGAGCGGGAUGUUCUGGAGCGGAACCUUCAGAAUCUACAGCAACAGCUGGAAGCGCAGCGUCAGGAGGCAGAAAAACUACAAGUAGCGAACGGCGACCUGCAGCGUCAGAGAGACAUCCUACAGGAGGAGAAGGAGGACGUAUGUCAGGAUCGUGACCGGGCCCUGCGAGAGGUGGAGAGAGGGCACAAAGCCCAGGAGCAGCUGGAGGGGAAGCUCUCCGUCCUCAGGAAGGAGCUGGUCAUGGUGAAGGAGUCUCUGCAGCAAUCCACCCUGGAUAAGGAGGUCUUAGAGGCAGAGAAGGCCGACGUCUCCCAGGCUCUGUCCAAGGCGGAAACCAUCCGGGCAGAGCUGGAGCUGGCUCAGAACAGACAGAGGACGGAAGAGGCAUCGCUGCGAGACACUCUAUCCAAGAUGAGUGCACUGAACGAGAGUCUGGCCCAGGACAAGACCGAGCUCCAUAGAGUCAUUGCCCAGUUGGAGGAGGAAAGAUCCUCCUUGCAGGGACAGAAGCAUGAGGUGGAGCAGGAGAAGACCUCAAUUCGCGAUGAGCUGGUUCGCCUGGAACAGGAAAAGCUAGAGCUGGACACAGAGCGCUUUGGGCUAGAUAACUCCCUGCAGGCCAUGGAGCAGAGCCGGGAAAAGCUUCUGCAGGAACUUCAAUCUCUGCGCAAGGAGAAAGCACAUCUACAGGAACAGCUGGGACAGGUGACACGACAGAGGAAUUCCCUGAGUGAAGACCUCGUGCAGAGCCGCAAGGAGGUGGAGCAGCAGAGUGAGAGCCUGCUACGGGCAUCCAGAGAGAAGGAGGCUCUGAUGAAAGAUAAGGGCAGCUUGGUGGUACAGCUCACCGCCUGCGAGCGAGAGAACAGAGCGCAGUCUGAAGAAAUAGCCGCACUCAGGUCAGAGAAAGAGGCGCUGGAGACGGCCAUGUUUGAUGUUCAGCAGCAGCUCACACACACCACAUCCCGCAAGGAGCAACUGGAGGCAGAGCACCAGGGUCUGCGGCUGGCAAAGGAGACCCUGCAAGCGGAGAUCAGCUCUGCGCGCAGACAGAUGGAGGCCGAGGUCGCUAAACUAGAGCGGGACAGAGAGGCUCUAAACCAUCAGCUGAUCCACACGGAGAAGGAAGCCCAGAUCACCCUAAAGAGUGGGCAGAGAGCGCAUGAGGAGGACAUGGAACGUCUACUCAGGGAGAAGGACGCUUUGCGCCUGGAUUUGGAGUCUGAGAAAGAAGACCUGGUCCACCAAAUGACCCAGGAGCGCGAGGAGCUGCUGGCACGGUACGAGAUGGAGCGUGAAGAGAUGAGCGAGGAAAUAACGUCUCUACAGCAGGAGCGAGAUGACCAUCUCUUACAGGCAGCAAGCGAGAAACAGCAGGUUCUGUCGCUGAAGGAAUCCGAGAAAGCGUCUCUGAGUGAGAAACUGAAUAACCUUCAGCACACGCUGGCCGCUCAGAGCCUGGAGAUGGAGCGUCACAAGCGGGAGAACCAGACCAGACAGGAGCAGGACCGGAGCACAAUCCUCUCUCUGAACUCCGAGAUGAAGAGUCUCCGGACGCAGUUUGAAGAAUCACUGGAGUCUCAUGAGAGAGAGCUGAAGAGUCUCCAUGAGCAGAUCCGAGACCUGGGGAAGCAGCGUGAGACGGCUGUGCGGGAGGUGGAGGAACUAAAGACUCAGCUGUGUGUGCUGGAAGACGCCAGGGACGCGCUGCGGCGUGAGCUGAUAGAGGCUCACAGGCGUGUACGAGAUGGCAACGAGUCGGUGGAGGUUCACAAGAAGGAGAUCCUGGACCUACGAAGAUCCCAUGGCGAUGAAUCCAAAGCGAAGGAAGCAUUUCAGAAAUCUAAUGAGGAGCUGCGAGGGGCGGUGCGCCGGGCUGAGAGCGAGCGCAUUAGUUUGAAGCGCAGCAAUGAGGAGAAGGAGCAGAGGCUGUCUGUCAUGGAGGAGGCUCGGGCAGUCACGGAGAAGGAGGCGGCUGACCUGCGCAGCAAUCUGCGAGAGGUGGAAAGGUCGCGGCUGGAGGCACGGAGAGAACUGCAGGAUCUGCGUCGACAGCUGAAGGUUCUGGAUGACGAGGGUGCGAAGCACAGCCGGGAGAUGGCGGAGGUGCAGACUCGCCUGUCCAUGUGUGAGCAGCGAGAGGAGGAGACCCGCCGGGACAGCUUCGCCCUGAAACAGAAGCUCAUGGAGUCAGAGAGCGGGCGAGAGGCUGCCAGGAAAGAGCUGAGCACGCUGCAGAGGAAACUGUCUGAGCUAGAGAGCGACUUCGGCCUACGGGAGAAGGAGCUGCAGGGUAACCUGGAGGAAACCCGCGGCAACGAGAAGAAGCUGCUGGAUAAUGCCCACAACCUGGAGCUGAAACUUCUGGCAUCACAAGAGGAGGCGGCCCAGCUAGGGCUGAGACUGAGCGCCAGCGAGGGGCGCGUGCACGGCCUGGAAGCAGAGCUGGCCCGCCUCGAGGGGCUGAAGAGAGAGAUGGAAUUUAAACUCAGCAGCUUGCACUCUGCCCUGCGAAGGACGCUUGGGAUUGGUCGCGCUGGGCGCACGCCAAGCCCCGCCAUAAGAGGGCGUAGCGGCUCACCCAAGAGGACUUUCUCCCCGCUGAAGGGCUUUGACAACACUUACACCACGACCACUGAUGGGCGUGGCAGCCCCAUCCCGCGUACAGGCAGCCCGGAGCGCAGUAAGACCCCAGAUCGCGCAGCUUCCCCCGCACGUGGGGAGCAGGUAUCCACUGAUAUAGACCCCGAGGUGAUCCGCACAGCCUUACGUGACUUCCUGCAGGAGCUGCGAGACACUCAGCGAGAGCGGGAUGAUCUGAGCACCCAGUUAGGAACCGCAUCCCGGCAGCUGGUGGAGGUGGAGGCUGAGCGAGACGGAGCGGCAACGCGGGUGCAGCAGCUGCAGAAAGUGCUCUCGGAGGUGGAGGAGGGGAAGCGCAGCGCAGACGGGAAACUCAGCAAUGCGCAGACUACGCUCAUCCUGCAGGAGGAAACCCUGCGUCGCUAUGAGAGGGAGCGCAAGAUGGCGUUAGAGAAAGCUUCCAGCCUGGAGCGCAGUCUUCAAGCAGCGGAGAAUGAGCACAGGGCGGCCCAGGACAAGGUCAAUAAAAUGAAAGCCAACGAAGCGAAGCUGGAUAGCGACAAGCGGCGUCUGAAGGAAGUGCUGGAUGCCGCUGAGAACCGCAACACCAAGCUGGAACUGUCCCGCCGAGGGUUGGAGGGGGAGCUGCAGAGGGUCCGACUGGUGCUGGAUGACCGGGAGACAGAGAUGCAUGCGAUGCAGCAACGCAUAGAAGGACUACAGAGACAGCUGUCGGACAGUGAGGGGAAGGUGAGCGCCCUCCAGAUCUGCGUAGAUCGGCUGAAUGUGACCCUCGGGAAGGUGCAGGAGAAUGAGACCGUCCUAAAGGAGAAAGUGCAGAGUCUUACCAGCGCUCUCUCCGAGAGUAACUCCAGUUCCAGCACCUCCUACGAGAAGAUUGGACAACUGCAGAAGACUCUGACCAGCAGCGAGCACGAGCGGCGUAUCCUCCAGGAGCGUCUGGAAGCUGCGCGACUGGCUGCGUCGGAGAGCAAGAAGCAGAGUACGGGGCUGAUUGAGAAGAUUCAGGAGCUGCGGGAUGAGGUGGCGGAGGGAGAAUUGCGGCGCAUGGAGCUGGAAGAGCAGAUCCGGCAGCUACAGGAGCUCUUGCACCAGCGACAGGAAAGUGAGGGCGUCUCACUCCGUAACCUCCAGAAGCUGCAGGAAGAGAGAGAGCUCUUACAGGACCGCCUGGCCGGGCUGCAGCGUGCUAUGGUUCAGUUAGAGGCCGAGAAGCGAGAGAUGGAGCGAUCGUCUCUCCGCCUCGAGAAGGACAAAAAUGCUCUGAAAAAGACACUUGAUAAGGUGGAGCGAGAGAAGCUGAAAACCGCAGAGGACACGUUGCGUCUAUCUGCGGAGAAGGGGAGGCUGGAUCGGUCACUGACUACGGUGGAGCAGGAGCUGGCGGACGCCCAGAGACAAGUGCAGCUCCUGGAGGUGCAGUUAUACAGGGUUAGGCGCAAGAUCACGUUCAGCCUGGCGCAGAUAGCAGACAUGGAGCAGACGCACUCUCAGAGCCUGAUGGAGACAGCGGCUCGUCAUCGACAGGAGCUUCAGAUGGAGAUAGAGAGGCUGCGCAAUGCUCAGAUCCAGGCAGAGCGGACUCUGGAUGCCAGAGAGCGAGCUCACCGCCAGCGUAUUAAAGGGCUGGAGGAGCAGAUCUCUACGCUGAAGGAGCAGCUGCAGCAGGAACUGCGCCGGGGUCCGCCUCAUUACGCCCAGCCGUCUCUCCUCUCAGGGAAAUAGGGCGAGGGCGUAGCCCCUCGGGUCACACAUUCCUGGUGCUUUACCACCACUCAGACUGAUCUUUUUGUAUCACUGUUUUUUAUUGUACCCUCCCCCUGACCAAUGUGAGCGCAGGGCGGAGUCACCGCUACUGACACGCGAGGGCGCCAAGCCCCGUGACCUUUAUAUCUACAGUAUUUUUAUAUUACACUUUUUUUUUUUUAGAACACUUGUGCACUGUCCUCGUCUCUGUGUUUGCACUGAAUGUAACAAAUCCAUGAGAAACACAAGCCGGGAGGGCCCUAGAAACACAACUGUGAUUGAUCGCAGUAAGCUGGUGCGGGGGGGGGGGGAAUAUAAGACCACCUAGACCACAGCCGGAGACUAGCUCUCAUUGCUGGUUAGUGCCACCCUGCGGACAUUCGGGAUGGUGUAGACCCACGACGUUGAUGGAUACAGAUAUAAUGGACCUAAGCCUCUCUUCCACAACGGAUCGGUCCUGUGACACCGCUGCAGCUUGGGUGGAAGCAAUUCUCUGUCGCACAUACCGCACCCUGACCUUGUCGUACUCUAACAAUGGGGAGCCGCUGACAGAAGCACAACUACUACGAAUGUGUGAUAAAAUCUUCAGCGCUACGGUUAUUCAAUAAGAGGCUCGCAUAGAUAGUAUCCCACCUGACCAUUUAAUCAGUCUUUCUGCUAGUCUAGGGCUGGGCAGUGUGGUGCACUCCGGGGGCACAAGGGUGGCCCUGUCACUCAAUAGGGCCACUCGUUACCCUUAAUCUCAGUAAUAAAUGAUAACAAUACAAUCAGUGAGACCAUAAAACACCCAUAUGCUCUCUAGAACCCCACGUACCCAUAAUGCCUUUCCUAUCUUCCACUUGCCCUGAAGCACUCCUGAGCAGUGGGCCGUGUUGUUUCUGUGAGACCCUCCAUUGCUGGGAAGUGCCCCGUGGGAGCCACAGUGACUGACGCUAAUACCGACUAAUGGAGAAGUGAACGCGAUCAUUCCUCAGUGAGGAGAUAGAACUUACACUCAGAGACUCGUAUAUACUCCCCCCAGGUCCUCCUGUACAUUAUACUCAUAUCAUGACCUGAUUACAGCGCUGUGUCCACCAUACGGGAAGAGUUUCUCAUGGCUGCCGCGCCACUCCGAGCCCUACAACGUGCCAGACUUACUGUGACUAGUAAUAAAAUACAAUGGUAAAA